AUGGAUAGGGAAAAAAGAGAAAUAACAUUGUCCCCUUUUGGGACCCGCGGCUUUGAAAACAAUAAAGACAUCGAUUCGAUUCUAAUGGAAAAGACUCCACAACAGUUGGUAUGUGCUCGACAAGGAGCAGGCGGUAAUAGCAUGAAAUAUCUCGAAGGGUUUCGCGCAAUAGAGAUUGCAAACGCUGUGUUUGGGUAUGACGGGUGGUCCGAUGAGGUAAAACAAUUCAUCCAGCCCCAGAAUACAGGGUGUGUACUGUCAAUUGUCCGUAUCACUUUGAAGAAUGGAUGCUACCACGAAGAUAUUGGAUUUGGGUCUUCAGCACUUAAGACCAACCCACUUGAGAUAGCAGCUAAGGAAUCCGUGACUGACGCCCGAAAAAGAGCACUUCGAUUGUUUGGCAAUUUACUAGGAAAUUCAUUAUAUGAUGUGAAUUAUACAAGAAACAUCUCACCAAAUAGUACAAACAAAAGAAUUAUCAUACAACCAGUCAAUUACACGGAAAUCGUUUCCGAAGUUGAAAAUUCAAAAAAGGUAAUCGAAGAAAAGAUUAAUCAAAGUUUCAAGUAA